AUGAAGAGAAUAGCACUACUAUUCCCUGGACAGGGAAGUCAGACUGUUGGCAUGGCUAAAGAUUUGGUCACUAGCUUCCCUUAUAUACGGCCUUUGUUUGAGGAGGCUGAUCGUCUACUUCAGAUGUCUUUGUCCAAUGUGAUGUUCAAUUCGCCAAUGGAUGAGCUGAAACAAACAGAGAUCACUCAACCAGCUGUAUUGCUACACUCUUAUUCGAUACUAAAGAUAUUGGAACAAGAGUUGAUAGCAACACCAAUAGACAAUAGAGUUGAUUUUGUGUUGGGACAUUCACUUGGUGAAUACACAUCACUGUUGGCCGCAAGAUCAAUCACAUUUGAACAAUGUCUACCAUUGGUGCAUCAUCGUGGUCAACUGAUGAAGCAGAUGAAACAAGGCAAAAUGGCUGCUGUCCUAUCAAGGGAUGACAUGUUAACACCUGGCUCAACUCUUGAUCGAAUCAAAGAGUACACACAACAACUAUAUAGACAGGACCCAGUCAAUGAUAUAUGUGAUGUAUCAAACAUCAACUCUCCAAAUCAAAUAGUGAUCAGUGGUACAGUGUCUGGUGUAGAUAAGACAAUGUCGAUGUUGAAAGAACAAAGACUUUGUAGGUCAAUCAAACAGUUGGAAGUCAGUGCAGCAUUCCAUAGCAAACUGAUGUUACCAUGCUCCCAAGAGUUUGAGAGCAAGCACUUGAACAAUAUCAACUUCAAACGACCAAACUACCAAGUGAUCUCAAAUGUUACCAGUCGACCAUACAUUGAGGCAGCAGAUAUUAAACCAUUGCUAUCAAGACAAUUGGUAGAGACUGUGAACUGGGUAUCAUCCAUUCAAUACUGUUUGGAUGGUUGGAAAUCAAAAGAAGCAGAGACUGGAAAUGCUGGACAUUUAUUUGUCGAGAUUGGUCCAUCCAGUGUCUUGACACAACUAUUGAAACAAAUCAGUCCACAAUCAGAGUACAUUAAUAUAUCAACAACGGAAGAUAUUAGAAAGUUCAUCAAAAUG